UGCCAAACAAACAAAACAUAAGAGGACUCGGGUAUCUCUCAGAAAUCAAUCACAAAACGGUGUCGUCUAUUCCAACUGUGCCUUCCUAAACCUCACUCUAAACCCUAAAAAUUUCUCAAUCAAUUUUCUCAACUGUUCCAACGUAGAAAACGAUUGAAAUGGUGGGGCCUUUGGUUAACGAUGAUCCAAUGAUUGACGGUGAACCCGAAGACUUGGAUGAGGAAAUAUCACAGUCAGAAUCAGAUUCAGAAGAAGAUGUAAAACUAGCUGAACCAUCGAAAACUGCAGUGAAUAACAGAGAUGCUUUAUUAGAUAAACUUGGAGAUAUAAGCUGGCCUGAGAAUGUGGAUUGGAAGCAGAAGCUCUCCAUUGAUAUUGAUCAAGAGCAGGAAGUAGAUGUGAACGAUGAUUUGACACGAGAGCUAGCGUUUUACACACAGGCAUUGGAGGGAACUAGGCAGGCUUUUGAGAAGCUAGAUUCAAUGGGUCUCCCUUUCUUGAGACCUGCUGAUUAUUACGCGGAAAUGGUGAAGGCAGAUAACCACAUGGAAAAGGUGAAAAGUCGGUUAUUAGAAGAGAAGCGGAAGAUGGAAGAAGCUGAGGAGAGAAGAAAGGCUAGGGAGGCAAAGAGAAUUUCUAAAGAGAUUCAGUCACAGAAAUUGAAAGAAAGGGCUAAGCAGAAAAAGGAAGACAUUGAAUCUGUUAAGAAGUGGAGGAAGCAGAGACAGCAGAGUGGGUUUGCUGACGGUGCUGAAGGUCCAGAUAAGGCUUUCGACUUUGAGGAUGGAAAAUCGUUUGAGAGAUCAAAGAAGAAAAGGCCUGGAGUGUCUCCAGGUGAUCGGUCAGGAGGUAAGGCUAAGCAAGCCAUUGGAAAGGGAAAGACUAAAAAUAGAAGAGAUACUAAAAAUUCCAAAUUUGGUUUUGGAGGCCGGAAGGGAUCGAAGAAGCAGAAUACAGCUGACACAACUAAUGAUUUUGGUGGAUUCAGUAAGGGUGCUGCUGCUGGAAAUAAGAAGAGGAAGAGAUAAAUACAAUCUUUUUUUGUUUCCGUUUUCUCACAUCGGGAUGUCAUGGAAUGUGUGGCCAUGUUGCAUUCUGGGGAACCUUCGUCAAAUCUGCAGUUCUAUUUCCUACAUAGAUUAUGGUAAGUUGAUAAACUUCAUUGGCAGUUAUAGAUUCUUAUAUAUCUACUCCAAUUUUGAUGCUUUGUUAAACAAUUUGUUAGUUUGUGCUGCCUGUUACCAAAAGAUUCGUGAUAGCUCUUUUAAGUACACAAGCCAGUGUAACGUAGACAUAUUUGUAGUUCUUAUAUGUUAUGUUAUUUAUUUAUCAAUUGAACACUCUUUUUCUUGUA